AAGCCGUGGUAGUUCUUGUUAUGAUUGCGAUUGUGUUUAGAUUAGUGGAGGACGAAGUCACGUUUACGGGCGGCUACAAGACGUUGCCGUGUUAUCUUGCGCUAUUUGCACUAGCAGAGAUUUUCGAGCUAUUCAUGGCUUUCGACGCUCUACGGAUGAGAAAUGUUAUACAGCUUAUAGGAAUUCUGCUAUUCCACCUCGCCCUUAUCGUGUUCUCAGCACUGCAAGUGCACCAGACCAAGACUGCACUGGUAACACUUUCUGACGCCGAAUGCGCUGUAUCGUUUGAUGAAGUGAACUGUAACGGACCUGGUUCCCUAUGGAAAAGAGUAGAACCGUAUCUCAUCGUCACGCCUUGUGUCAUUGCGGCAUCAUGGUUCUCCAUACUGUUCUGGACGAAACAGCUUUAUGAAGAGUUUGGCUGGGCGAUCUUCCACGUUGUCGGCGCCAAUCCAAAAAUGAAGACUAUGUAUCAGUGGUACCAGAUCAUGAUCUGCUUUCUGAAGUUUGAUUUCUUCUUCUUCACCGGCGUCACCAUGCAGCUUCUUAUUGUCGUCCUGUCUCGAAAUUCUGCCGAGUUUGCGGUUACCAUCACCGCCAUACCCAUAGUCCUGAUCCUUCUUGGUCUAUGUGGCGUUGCAGUUCAGCGUGAGAUAAAAUGGAUCAUGACGAUAUCUCUGGUGAUGAUGUUGGCGGCAGAGAGUUACUUCAUUUACAAGUUAGUACGAUUUUAUGAGCCUGCCUCGCGAGCUCAGUAUGCGACUACAAGGGCGACUUUGACCAUCUUCACUAUUGUCGCGUUUCUUCUGCUAUUCGCGACAUUCGCUGUUGGACUCCGGUGUUUUGCUGAUUUUGAGAAGGGUCUGAUGGAGUCCAAGGUUCACGGUCAGUCUUACACGCCCGUUAAAAACAAUGUUAAGAUGCAAGUUCUCAACGGUAUGGGUGGCCCAUAUGUCGGUGGAUCCGCGCUGGGCCCGAGGAUUUCCAUCGAAUAAGUUUUUUUUUGUUCCCUAAUCAUUACAUUCGCUACGCAGCACCUACGACUUAUCUAUACUUGGCACUAUAACACAUACC